AGUUUUCCACUUCCUUGCCACUACAGAAACGAACUGCACGUCUCGUUUUCCGGUAAUUCCACGAAAUUCUCAAACAAAAAGCAAAACUCUGCGACAUCUGCCGUACAUAGAGGUGACACGGCAUGGCGUAUCAGUCUAGCGCAUUUUACCUUUUUAACUGUGAUGAAACUUAUAAUUUAGAGAUAGUGGAAACGUUUUUGCUUAAAUUAGAGGAGAAAUAUGGCUUCAAAAUUACUGUCGAUCGUCGAUAUUUUGGUCUACAACAAAUGGCUGACUUGUGCGAGAAAACUUUGCCUCAACUGGUAAUGGAUUUUGCAGUCUUUGUCAUUCACGCAGAUGAAUCUCGUCUCUCCAUCAACGAGGACAACGCUGGUAUCGGUUACGCGAGAAUCUACAGAGCUUUGCUUGAGAAAACAGGUGGGUUUCCGAUGAGUACACUCGCCACUGAGCCUUUCACCGAUUCAGUCGUAGUCCCGUAAAUUAAUGUAUUACAUCUUCCACUUUAUAAUAAAAAGUGAUGCACGACAAUGCCCACUAUAGUUAAAGCAUAAGUAUCGAAACCAGAAAACACACUUUUAGAACUUCACAUACUCAGAAAGCCGGAAGUGGAUAGGAAGUGCUGUAGGCAUUUACGGCAGUGUGAAAUGUACCGACACGGAUCAUGCAGACGGUGUAUUCGCUGUACAUAUUUUCAUCCAGACAGAAAAAUUGUUUAAAUCCCAUGUUCAUAAUAUCGCAGUGGGGGAUAAUCAAUCAGUAAAUGAAGCAUGAGAUAGAAAACCUUUAGAGUACUUUCGAUUUCGAACGAUUACGCCGAGGUCACCCCCUAAUGCUGAAUGUCACGCGAGAAAGGGAGAAGAAUUUCGUGGAAAAAUUGUCAGGUGACAGAACCGGAAGUAUUUCUUCAGAGCAUUUAAGCCAUACCGAAAUUAAACCGGAAGUGUUUUACAGUACAUUCAAAAAAAUUGAUCGACUUAAAUUCCCCCGCCCCCACUUCCAAUAAUAUGCUUCUUCGUUUAUAAUACUCCGAGUUAAAAACCCUUCCCAAAUUAAUUACUGCGAAAAAUACAAGACUCGAGAAUUUUAGAAUUUUACAGAUUGUAUCAGGUAAGAUAAAAGAUAAAGUCUGCGUUUUAACCAAUUAUCAUGCAAGUGGUUCAUCAAACCGGGCAAGAGCUUUUCUUGAUUUCUGUAGCAUUAAGCACGUACUCACCUAAACAGGAUAGCGGCCCAUUGCAGGGCUUGCCUUUUCCACAAGAAACCUAUCGAAAGGUUUACUCCAAUAUGAAAUUGGCCAGUACCUAUUUAUACAUCACGUUGGAGUAAGGCAUGAGACUUGUGGGUGUCUUAACUAACACAAUACAACUUGACCCUUCACCUUUUGAUACCACAUCCAAACCACUAACCACUGAGCAGUCGGUGAAUCAAAACGCUACAAACUGCUCGAUAAUAUAAGGUUUCUGCUGUUUUCUUCAGGUAACAAAGUGUUGAUCGUGAUAGGCGGAGACAGUUACUACCAAAAUGAAGACGAAGAAGCGCGGUCUGUCAUCUCGCGCUGGGCAAAAAGGAAGGUGGCUUCGCAAUUUCGUGAAGAGUAUCUAGACGGAAGGCAAAGCUUUAUAUUCUCUUGGAAUAAAAAACACCGACCGAUUCACGAGCAAGCUAUUCGGCAUUUUCUUGAUCCCAGCAAAAGGGGAUUCAAAUUUGAAUACACACUUCCCAGGCCCUUGCCAAAGCCUAUAGCACCUGUGGUCCCUCAGCCCUCGCGGAAGCCCGAAGCACCUGAGGUCCCUCGACCAGCCAUACCUUAUCCGACACGAGAGGUAGGACUUACAUCUCUCCUUCACAUACCGCCCCCGAGUCUCUUCUCUGUAUUGAAGAAGCUGUCCAAAGUCCUCACUAGGAAUUUCUUUCUCAUAACUGCUGACUUGAACGGGAGAGAGGGUUAUGACACAAUCGAUGACACAAACCGUGGGCAGCCCUACCAAAACUCAGAGAGUUCUUCUUUAAUUUAUUUUAGUUCUUUCUUACAUGUAAGUUGAGGAUAGAUCAUCGAAACGCACCGAUUACAUUACGAGCAAUAACAUCACGGCUUAACUGAGUGACGACCAAUAACAUCAUGACGUAAUUGACCAAUCAGAUCAAUAACCAGAGUAUAAUACCAUCAACUGACGUGAUGCAACUCACUUUGACUCUGAAGAUGACUACCGCAUAGGUUGUCGAAACGUUAGUCACUGUCGACAAGAACAGUCCUAUUCAGGACUAUACGUUCACCUGGACGAUCAAACUCUGAACCUACUUUUGAAAUGACUCCUGCGUUCAAACCUUUCACAUAAAUUUUUUUCUAAUAAUAUCAGUACAUAUCACUCAGGGCUCAUGUCAAAUUAAGAAAUGAUCAUAUGCGAGAAAAGCUCGCCACUUAUUCUCCGAGGUGAAUUUGUGCUGAGAUAUAUCAAUCUGGAGAAUUUGAAUACAUCAGUUACAGCUUAAGUGGUUAAAAGUGCUUGCCUUUCAGUUGUGUUUGAUUUCGCGGCGCGAAGACUAGAUUGAAGCACGGAUAGUGCUCUCUGUUUCUUAAGUCGCCUUAUUUAGCUGAUAAAAACUAACAAGAUUUCGUCAGGUUAGUCUAUUAAUAGCUGACAACGUAUGAAAUAAAUAUUGAAAACAUUGCAUCGAUUUAAUUGUUUUCUUCAGGAUGAUGAGGAAGAAUCGCGAACUUACAAUAGGGAAGCGCCAACACGUAAGUUGAGGGAUGAACCGCCAAAAUACAGUUAUGGAGGUAAACGUUCCCUCGAUGAUUUGAAAAGUUCAGUGUCGACACACAAUCUAUGUUUGGAGAUCAAGAAGCAUUAUAAGAAAUUGACUCCUACGUUUUCCCCACGGGAGUGUCUCGAAUGCUUUCCAGAGGGUAGCAAAAGGGGAAGUCAUGAUCCCGUUUCACGUACAAAUUUUGACACAUUACACGUAUCGCGUGGAAUAUAAACCAAUUUUCAAGAGUCAUGAAUCUCACCUGUUAAUGAAAGGGGUUAGGAACCGAAACACAGUCACCAUGGAUCCUAAUUCGCAUUAUAUUUGAUGAUCGCAAUUUCUCCUCACUUCUCCUCUCAGUGGAAGGUCGGUGGGGCGAUCUUAAAAGGCGUUAACGAACAGUCGCGCAUGUGGGAAUUUCGUGUUUCCAGCGGUCUUGCGUUCAAAUCAACGCCCCCGAUGCGACUUCUUUUUAUCCCUCAGCGAAAGAAGCCUGCGUGGCAGGCGCAGGUUAGUUUUUUUGGUUAGUUUUAAUCUACUCCUUUUCUCUCCACACGUGCGCACACGUGUCCUCGAAAUUUCUCCCUUCGCUCUAACAAACCCCCGCCGAUGCCUUCUGUGCAGGCUUCAGCGACUGUGCCUAGGGCCUUUCGCUGGGGCAAUUCACUCAGUUUAACACGAAAACAAACGAGAAUUGCCGAAGUGGACGAUAAUUAUUCCAAAGGUCACUGGACACGUGAGGUUUUUAGGGUCUGGUCUUUAGGUAGUAGUUUUUAACCAAGACAAAAACGUAACGCAUGCGCAGAGAAUAAUACCAAUGGCCUUGUUUAAUCCCUCUUUCUUAUUUCAAUGAUUUUCACGAAAUGCAACAAAGUAUUCACGAGUCCCGCACAUCACGGAUCACGUUGCUUUUUUGGGAACUUUGACGCGUCACACACUAAAUUUGGGCCUAAUCACGCCUCACGCGUAAACCCUAUGUUACCCUCUCCCGAAGCGUUUGAAUCCCUGACCCUGUGUAGGGCAAAGAGAAACCUGAAAUUAUAUCUACUCUGGCUUUAGAACCCUGCUUGUCUAAGGCAAGGAAAACAAUACACAAGCAACCAUCUUCUUUGCCACGAUUGCCCACGAUUCUGAAUGUCUCGGAGGAUCAAAUUCGCAAAUCGCUUUCUUUUCAUAUUGAUACAUGCAUAUGGUAGAUGGCAAAAGAUGAAAUGUUUUGUAGAGUGAAGUAAUGAAAACUUGUGAUUAAUCUUUGCACUCCUCAUUUACGGUAGUGGCAAUGUGAUCCAUGGCCUUCACGACUUAAUUUCAAAAUGACGGAUUAAUUACUAAAUAUAGCACAAGUAUACCCCACAGUGGUGGAUUCAGACAGAAAUAAGCGCUCCUCUCUUUGAACGAGUAACCCAACUCACCUCUCCUUACUGAACUUACAGUAUACGCCUUUUGGGCGUAAGUGUCUUAAAUGGGCCCUUUGCAGCUAAACAAUACUAGUCAGAUGAGACACAACCACCCUGCUGGAGGGUAUGAGAAGCAGUAGGGCAUUAAAAACAAGGAGACAACAACAUUUUAAAAGCUUAUUUCUCUCCUUUUCAAUUUCCCUUUAUGUUGUUUUCCUCUAGAAAGUGUUUUUUUAUGUUACGUGUGGCUUUUCAGCUCCAAAGGGUUAAAUGGUGGGGCUAAGCCAACCUUGUUUCAACAGAAUGACCAAGACUGUGCAUUACGAAUUUUUAGAAGGUCUUGUCGUUGUUAGUGGCUAAGCUUCUGGUUAUAGUGUACCUUUACAACUAAACAUAGGUGCAGUGUAAAGAGUAGCAAACACUACUAAAUAGGUCCGAAUUAACUUUGAAUCUUUCAAUAUUGCAGCUAUACGUCCAGCUGCCAGUGGAACAGCACCAGCUGUUUAUCCAGCAGGGACCAAGUUAUUGCAGACACACAUAUAUCAUGGAACAAUUUCAUACAAAAAUAUGGACAUCACGCAAAGACAUCAAGGAUGGCGACCUACAGCGAAACAGGAGUCAGAACUAAUGGAAAACUACAAAUCCACACCUGACACCAUAGUGACGUUCGUCAGUACAGGCUAUGGAGGCGUUAGCUAUACAGUUGACAGGCGUCCUUCGACAUGCUGUCCGUGCUGUCCGUGGGGUCCGUGCAGUUCGUGCGGUCCAUGUUCGUUACUGUAAAGUUUUUUUUUCCACGCUUAAUGGAGGGCCGUGUUGCACUCUCUUUGCUACAAUUAUAGAAAAAAAUGCUGUGAAAAGCUAUGUUGCCAGUGGUUGCUAACUUAUAACUAACAUUUUAGUUCACAGAACCCUACGGAAUUUAUUUCUUAUAAAUGCCCUAUCAGAACAAGCAGCCAUCUGGCUUAAAGCAAUGACCAGUGAGAAAGGCGAAUGUUAAUGACAGAAAGUAUUUUAGUCUAGCAAGCAUAGUGAUUUCUCAAAGCUAAUCAAACCCAUCGCUUGAUAAAGACAUCGAACUGACCAGAACUACUUGGUAGAAACGUCGAAAUCAAUCAGAGAGUGCGAGAGACCUAUUAGGAAAUAGGUCAUUUAGCCAGAUUUCUUUUGCCAAUUUCAUACCGCAGCUGAAUCUAAUGUUUAUGUCGUUUGUUAGGCCCCACCAAAAUUACCCCUUGUGGGACUUCCAAAGCAAUUUUCUUAAAGUGUACAGCACAACUCAUAAAUAAAGGGAGUGCAAAAAUGUUAAUUUGGGUAGCAAUCUUCUCUGCGUUGAAGCGGUGGAGAAUAUAGCUUAUCGACAUUUGGGGCAGCAAUUUACUAUUAACAGAUGUGCACGAGAAACGUUAACCUCUCAGUAAUUUAUGCGGAAAAUGCGGCGACAACUCCCAAAGAAAAAUAACUGCUUUAAUUGCGGUGUGCUAAUAAUGCGUUGAUAUAGGUACGCUAAUUUGGAUGAAAUGUUUAGCCAAGUGCAGGUUUACGCGGGUUCAGAUAAUUGUUUAUAAUUGCUCUUCCACACAUAGAGCUCACAAGAUCCCUUUGGUAGCCUCCCUUUGGCGAUUAUUGACUGUUCGUUUAGUAGACUUGAAAGAAUUUUGAAAAUAUAAGACUGAGAGUACAUGAGAAUGUUUUUUUUUUUCAGUAGUCCGUCAUUCUCUGAAUGAGUCUGCAAAGUCAAGCCGUGCCUAAGAAUAUAUUGGAUAGGAAAAACAAUAAAGGAAUUCUCACAGCUGUACAGCCUGAUUUGCUUUAUUACUCUUUUCUGUUGGCUCUGUUGACUCCUUUUGCAUCCCAGCCUCGUCCUAAGGGGCUACUCGGUUAUCAAUGGUGGCCUUCUAAAUUAGAAAACGAAAAGACCCUCUGAUCCGACCACGGCCAAGUGAGGCCAUUAGCUAUUUGUGACUUAACUGGGGACGAGUUUGGGUUAUAUAUACUGUGUUAUAUAUAGCUGUAUUCCGCGAAAAAGCGGAAGAAACUCGACAUAUGUAUUUACCAAGUCUGUCUAACAACUCUGUUUGAAAGUAUGAGAAAUAAAUAUUUCUCAGAAAGGGUAUUGUUUGUGUUGUGUAGUCUUUCUUGAUGAAUUUGUCGCUCUAGUAUUUCAUUUCUCGUCAGCAAAUUCACAACAAAACCGUGGGAUGAUAUGGCAUCGUUCUGGGGUAAUUGAAGAUGAGGGUCAGCUCAUUGACAAAAUAUUAAAUUAAAAAUACAAAGUCGGGAAGUACGAGAAAUUUAACGAUGCCCAUCCCGGGGAAAAUGGCUGGCUUUCGACUGAAUAUAUGAAUAUAGUACUCUUUGGAAUGGCGGGGUCUUGCUCAACCUGCAGUGAUCAACCAUACUGGUAUAGAGAGUCCUACCUCAAGACCUGAAAAAAGAGGGAUUUUUACCUUCACGAAGUAGAGCUAGUAGGUGUAAAAUUCACUUUAAACGGUCUAGUAUUUCCUUGAUAUUUAUCGGAAUAAUUAUAGUAAACACACUAACACACCGGUCUAGUUUACGGGGCGGUAUAUCUGAAUUCGGCUGUGGUCGCGAAUGUUCGUAAUAAAAGUAAGCGAAACCUGUUUUCAGGCAGUUAGCAGCUUUAGACUUUCGAAUCACAAUUUGCACGGAUCGAUCUUAGAUGGAACCGAACGUUCCAUUGUUAGAGACUUUAAAUUACUCAUAUGUAUCCACCCUAUUCCCCUGGAGUUCAGUAUCCCCCCUCAAAGCUUUCAUGCGCGAUAACAUGUAAACCAUUCCGGCACAGUCCCCCAGUUUUCUUGGAAAAGUGACGCAGUCUCUUUGUGGUUGAAUUGACUGUUUUUAUUGAGUCCACAGUUUCUCAAGCUAGAAAAGAUGCUAAGACAGAGAAAGAUCCAUCUUUUUAACUGUGAUCAGCUCUACGAGCUCAGUAUCAUCGAGAAUUUACUCAACUCCUCGAAACCGAAACUGGCCUUCGAUUUCACAGUGGAGUGUCACUACUUCUUCCUUUCUGAAAUGGCUGAAUUGAGCGAGAAAGUUAUUCCCGCACUGCAGAUCGAUUUUGAUUUUUUCGUCGUUCACGCUCACGAGUCACGUCUGUCGAUAAACGAUGGCCGUGGUUACACCAAGGUAUACAGAUCAGAGAGCUCUAUUGCAGAAAACAGGUAA